AUGAACCGCGAUCAACAGCAGGGAUCUAGUACGUCGAGCGCGACGCAACCGACGAACAAGCCUGCACCGCAAAUGUCAUACCUAUGUGCUGACUGCGGUACGGCAAACGAGAUAAAACCAAAAGAACCGAUUCGAUGUAAAGAGUGCGGUCACAGGAUAAUGUACAAAAUGCGGACUAGAAGAA